GUUUUUUAUUCAAGUGGUUCAAUUUUUUAUUAUAUAAAACCACACCACCAGCUUACAUCACUUCUCAGUUUAAUUUGCAAACAUGAAGUCUUGCUUUGUAUUGGCCAUUUUAGUUUGCGUCGGUCUUACCGUCAGCGCCCAAAAGAAUGAUGACAUAAGUGACGAAUUGUGCUAUGCCUGCGAAGAAUUGGCAAAAUUAAUCCAAGAAAGCAAACAAAGGGGAAUUCCAUUGGAAGAAGUUGACGAAAAAGUGAGAAAAUUGUGCCAUCUUUUACCAGGAUUUUUGGAAGUAUUGUGCGAUUAUCAGUUGAUUCCAGACAUCGACCAAAUGUACAACCAGACGGAAGACAUAUCUCCUAGAGAUCAAUGCGUAAAGUUGGAAUUGUGUAAUAAUUAAAUUUUUGUUAGAAUAUUAUAAUAAAAAACUCAAAAUUAAAGUUAGAAAA